UUGUUCAGACAGUGUACCACAAACUCCACAAGGCAGAACGUUAUUAGCAGGUUCAAACGGAUGCACGUACUCCUUGUCUUUGUAGCGAGGCACUGAUUCUGACAGGCACUACUGAACUCUUAAAGCAUCUUCAGUGUUUGCGUGGGCUGCUGUUGUGAGGAAUUCUUCAUUUUAAAUGGAGAUACCCUUGUAAUAAGACCACUGGAAACAAAAUAUUCACUUAAGUUGUAUAGGGCUAUCUGGUCAACUUGAUGUUGGGAUCCCCCCCUCUUUUGGAUUACAUUAUGGCAGAUAUAUUUUUUGUCAUUUCCUUCGUGUUCAUUCUUCUUGGCGAGAAUCAGGUGACAGGAAUAAAUCUGAAAUAUAUCCCUGAUCCACCAAGCCUUAGUAUCCAAGACAAGGUACACAAAGUAAAUGCCAACGACACUUUAGAUCUUACCUGCAGGGGGCAUCAAGUUUUGUACUGGACAUGGCCCAAGAAUCGGAGCAGUUUCGAACGCAGGAUAUCAGUGACUGACUGUAGCGGAUCAGGUCUCUUCUGCAAGAAGCUUGUUCUCACCAAAGCUGUUGCCAAUGACACUGGAGAUUACAGAUGUUCCUAUAGAGAUUUACCUGUUGAAGAUGGGAAAACUUCUGCUAGCGUCUAUGUCUUUAUCCAAGACUACAGAGCACCGUUUGUCAGUUCACCUUCCAUUUUUGAGGUUGUGUAUAUAGAAGAAAAUACACCAGUGGUUGUACCAUGUUUAGGAUCUGUAGAAGAUCUCAAUGUGACAUUAUAUACGAAAUACCCUGGAAAAGUGUUUGUUCCAGAUGGGAAAACCAUUUACUGGAAUAGCCGAAGAGGAUUCAUUAUUCCCAGUUACUUAAUCAGCUAUGCAGGGAUGGUGUUUUGUCAAACGACAAUAGAAAGUGAAGCUUACCAGUCCCAAUUAUACAUGCUUACAGUUGUUGGGUACAAGAUUCAUGAGCUCUCUUUGACCCCUCAACACCAGGUGGAGUUAGCAGUAGGAGAUAAGUUGGUGUUAAACUGCACUGCUAAAACAGAAUUUAAUGUGGGGAUCGACUUUAAAUGGAAAUAUCCAGCUUCAAAGGAGAACCGAUCUGUAAAUGACACCAAUAAGAAAAAGUCAUUCAAUGUUUUAGAACUAUCAAGCACCCUAACUGUUCUGAACGUUACGUUGAAUGACACUGGGGAUUAUAUUUGCACCGCAUCGAGUGGACGCAUGGAAAAGACAAACAAAACUACCUUGAAAGUUUAUGCAAAGCCUUUCAUCUCUAUUGAUUAUAAUUCUGUCUCUAUCAUUGAGGCAAAGCUGGGAGAUCGUCUCGUAAGAAUACCAGUCAAUUUUACUGCCUACCCUCUGCCAGAAGUGAAAUGGUAUAAGAAUGGGAUGUCAGUUUACAGAGAUGAACCUCGGUACAGGAUUAAAAGCAAUGGUUACACAUUGACUAUCCAUGAUGUUACUGAGAGGGAUGCUGGGAAUUACACUGCUGUGCUCAGGAACCCAGCUACCAAAGAGGAGCACAGCCGGACAUUUCAGCUUGUGGUGAAUGUUGCUCCACACAUUUAUGAGAAGGAAGUGGCUCAUGACACUGAUUUCUACAAGUACGGCAGCAGCCUGACCCUCAGAUGCACAGCUCGCGGGGUUCCAUCCCCAGUAAAGAUGACGUGGCAGUGGAUAUCACAAGAGAACUGCCCCUUAAACUACCCUCAAGGAGUUUAUCGUACACCGUUCAAAUUCUAUGAGUGUAAAGACUGGAGGGACAUUACAAAUGACACAGGCAAGAAUCCGAUUGACAGCCUUGUGACCCGGACAGAUAUAAUAGAUGGAGUGGCUAAGACAGUGAGCACACUGAAGAUUCAAACAGCAAAUGCUCCUGCUAUGUACAGAUGUUUGGCCACUAACAAAGUCGGGCAAGAUGAGAGGGUGAUCUUCUUUCAUGUAACAAGGGGUCUGGAAAUGAACAUGCUGCCUGCUGAUCCCAUAGAGUGGGACAAUGUUGCUCUGCAGUGCAAAGCAGACAGGCUGACUUACAGGAACCUGAAGUGGUACAGGAUGAAAACCAACAUCUUACCAUUCCAGCACAGGGGCCUCGCUGUGCUACCAUGUAAACACCUCAGCCUUCCUGAGGAGAGUCUGAAUGGGACCACCAGCUCACACCUGACUGGGGAGAACAUCACUCUAGAGCUGAGCUUCAAGAACAUCUCUAGUCAGGAAGAGGGGGUGUACAUCUGCCAGGCAGAGAAUAUAAACACUGGAGUGCAGCACUGCCUCAUCAAGAGACUCUCUGUGAAAGAUCUACAGGCCCCAGCAGUUCUGAGAAAUUUGACUGACCAGAGUGUGAAUAUCAGUGAAACAAUUGCACUGACCUGCAACGUGAGUGGGACACCUACACCAAAUAUCACAUGGAUGAAAAAUAAUAAGACACUGAUAGAGGACUCUGGUAUUGUUCUCACACAACAGAACAGAACUCUGACAAUCCAGCGAGUCAAGAAGGAAGACAGAGGCCUAUACAUCUGCAUGGCCUGUAAUAACCAGGGAUGCCACAUGACACAGGCCUAUCUCACAGUUGAAGGUGCAGAGGAGAAGACAAACGUGGUGCUCGUUAUCCUUAUUGGCAGUGGGGUGAUUGCCAUGUUCUUCUGGCUGCUUCUAGUAUUCAUCAUCCGAACCAUAAAGAGGUCCAGUGGAGGGGAACUAAAGACUGGCUACUUGUCAAUCAUUGUCGAUCCCGAUGAAGUACCUAUGGACGAGCAGUGCGAGCGACUGACAUACGAUGCCAGCAAAUGGGAAUUCCCCCGAGAUAGACUUAAGCUAGGGAAGCCCCUUGGCCGUGGUGCGUUUGGUCAAGUCGUGGAGGCUGCAGCCUUCGGCAUUGAUAAAACCACUACGUGUAAAACAGUCGCUGUAAAGAUGCUGAAAGAGGGAGCCACUUCAAGUGAGUACAGAGCCCUGAUGUCUGAGCUAAAGAUACUCAUUCACAUUGGGCAUCACCUCAAUGUUGUGAACAUCCUUGGAGCGUGCACCAAACUAGGAGGUCCUUUGAUGGUGAUCGUAGAAUGCUGCAAGAAUGGCAACCUGUCAAACUACUUAAGAAGCAAAAGAGGGGAAUAUACUCCCUACAAGAGCAAAGCCCUCAGAUUGAAGCAAGCAAAAACCAUGAGUAUGAACGAGUUGAGUGUUGAAAUGAAACAUCGCUUGGACACUGUUGCAAGCAGCCAGAGCUCUGGCAGCUUAGGAUUUGCAGAGGACAGAUCGCUCAGUGACCUGGAAGAAGAAGAGGGAGCGGAAAACCUCUGCAAGACUCCCCUGACAAUGCAGGACCUGAUUUGCUACAGUUUCCAGGUAGCCAGGGGAAUGGAGUUCCUGUCAUCACGCAAGUGUAUCCACAGGGACCUUGCGGCUCGCAAUAUACUCCUGUCAGAAAACAAUGUGGUAAAGAUUUGUGACUUCGGACUGGCCCGUGAUGUCUACAAAGACCCUGAUUAUGUCCGCAAAGGAGAUGCUCGGCUUCCUUUGAAAUGGAUGGCUCCAGAAACUAUUUUUGACAGAGUUUAUACCACACAAAGCGAUGUCUGGUCUUUUGGUGUGUUACUUUGGGAAAUCUUCUCUUUAGGUGCAUCACCUUAUCCUGGAGUAGGAAUUGAUGAGGCAUUUUGUAGGAGAUUAAAAGAAGGCACAAGAAUGAGGGCACCUGAAUUUGCCACCCCUGAAAUCUACCAGACCAUGCUGGACUGUUGGCUUGGGGACCCUAAGGACAGACCCACAUUCACUGAGUUAGUUGAACAUUUAGGAAACUUACUUCAAGCAAACGCUCAACAGGACGGGAAAGACUAUAUUCCUCUGACCACGUCACAGAACUUAGAGGAAGAUUCUGGUCUGUCGCUCCCCACAUCACCGGCUUCCUGCAUUGCAGAGGAAGAAUGUUGUGACCCAAAAUUCCACUAUGAUAAUGCUCCAGGGUUUAGCAGGUACGAACAUGGGGGUAAAAGGGCAAGCCGGCCCGUGAGUGUUAAAACCUUUGAGGAUGUCCCUGUGGAACAAACAGCAACUGACAAUCAGACAGACAGUGGAAUGGUACUUUCAUCUGAGGAACUGAAAACUCUGGAUAACCGGCAAAACCAAACGCUGACCUUUAGCCCCAUGGUUCCCUGCAAGAGCAAAGAAUCAGUGGCGUCAGAAACCUCCAACCAGACGAGCGGUUACCAGUCAGGAUACCACUCUGACGACACAGACACAGCCAUGUACACUAAUGAGGAAACAGAACUCUUACACAAGCAGGAAGCUCUUAAAUCCGGCUGCGUGCAGCCUGUGAAGUACAGCCCUGUCAUUCGCUACAGCGCGCCUCCGGUGUAGAAGGAAAAGAAUAAUCAGAGGGCCCUGCUGUGUAGCCUGCUCACUGUAGUCUUUUGAAAGACAUUGCAAAGGAUGAUGAACUGUUGCCACUUGGGAGUAGGUGUACUGAAGUGCUGCGCCGGUCACAAUAGUCGCAAACCAGUUGCAAACGAGUCGGAAAUCUUGGGUGAAAUGUACUAAACAAGAGCAAUGCUAUUCACAACUUUUUAGGGAAUGCUUUGCGGCAGCAGUUUUACUUUGCGGUUCAACCUUAGAUGAAUAUGUCAUUAUGGGCGGUUGUCAAAUAUUAUAAUGAGAGGUACGAAAGCUCCCGGCAAUUGUGACACUUACAAUUGCAUCAAUUUGUUAAGAACUUUUGAAAGCAUUUUUAAACAGUCACAAUGGUUACUGGCAUUUCCCAGUCCAUUUUUUCUCGUGCAUUGCCAGUUGUGCUCAAUGCAUUUUUGAGGCAAACACCCAAGUACCUAAUUUUCACGAAUGGUAGGGUGUACUUACAAGCCUUGAAAACAAAUUUCUAUGACAUGUCUGGUUUCCCCAACGUGUUAGGGGGCAAUAGACUUCACACAGGUGCCACUAACCCCUUCCAGCUCAUUCUGAGCAUCUGUAUAGGACCAUGAUCUAUUUUGUGAUCAUGUUGAAUUUUAUAUGUCUAAUAAACAUGUCUGGUUUAGUGAGGGGCUACUGUAUGAGUGUGAAGGAGGGGGCCUCACUAUUGAACCUGAUGGGAUUAAACUGCCUUUCAUUUAUAUAUAUAUAUAUAUAUAUAUAUAUAUAUAUAUAUAUAUAUAUAUAUAUAUAUGUCGCAUGACCCUCGCAAUGUAUAAUGCUAGAGAUCUUGCUAAGAAGACACAACAAAUAUUUAAAUUAGUACAGUGCGGCUCUUUUCAUUAACAUAUUUUCUCUUAGUACAUACGACAAAGUGUUUAUUUUGCUGUGUCGCAACAAAAAUGUAAAUUGUGGUAUGUUUGCGCUGCGACUGGCCCAUCUUAGUACACCUACCCCUUGGUGUCUUAUCAAGUGAAUGCAAACUGUGUCCAUGCAGAUGGAUCUGUACAAGUCUUCCGAUUCCAGGCUCAAAAGGGCUAAAGACUGUAAAGAAGAAUGACAGUGUGUUUUUACUAUAAAUGUCUUUUUGUUUUUAUUUCUAUCAGCAAAAUAAGCUGUGCAAACCUCACAGCAGCAGAGCACUAUUUUUUUUUUUCUCAUACAUUUUAUUUGUUAGAAACUAUUUAACAGGUUUGUAUUCGAAAAUUCAGAACUGGUCUUUUCCAGGAAAAUACAUGACAUCCUCCCAGGUUUACUCUUGACUGAAUCUGGAGCUCAAGAAGCAUUAAGGAGUAGAAAACACUGAAUUUAUCCAUUCAUUUUCUGUAAAAAGAAUUCUUCUUCUUCUUCUUCUUUUUCUUCUUCUUCUUCUUCUUCUUCUUCUUCUUCUUCUAAAUAGAACUGCAGCUUUGUAGUAUAUUACUUAAUGUAUGCUUUGCGAUGAUGCAUAAUCUGGCACAUAUUUAUACUGCAACAUGUUCUUUUUUUAAAUAAAUGUAAUAUAUUAUGUGAAAAAAACAAAGUAUAAGCACAAUAUUUUAUAUAUGAUUAAUAUUCCAAGUGCCUAGAAAUACAUUAAUGUUGUUUGCAUCUGAUUUACUUUUUACAUGAAAAAGAAGAAAAAUAAGAAACUGGAAAUACAAAAGUGCACAUUUAUCCAGAACUGGACAAUUUGGGGACUUUUACUAAUAAAAACUGUUCACAUUACUUUUGAAAAAUAAUAUACUUUAGAAGUACAUGCUUCAUAGCACAGGGAACAGUGAACAAGUCCCUUCUCAUGAUUUUAAUUCUGUGAAAAUAAACUAAAGAUAAAAUUACUAACUG